ACCAAAAUCCAAUUUCAGGUCGGACCUAAGAGCAGUUUCGAGUGGACUCUUGAAGAGCAAGCGAAAGAAAAUAGCAGAGUGCCAAAGACACGGGUGGUAGGGGGUGUCAGAAUAGCGAAAAGAAGGGAAAUGACAGAUAUGGAGAUUGGGAGUGGUGGGGUCAUGAGAAGGGGGGAAGGGAUGGAAGAGUAUCCGUCACGUGAUCUGAAUCAUCAAACAAGUGGUUGCAGCGCCGUCAGCAGUCAGCAGCAGCAACAGCAACAGCCGGGCCCACCGACCCCCCAUCACACCAGGCAGCAAGAUGGCAGCAACAUUAGUGAGAAGAGUUUGAACGGUUCGUCAAACGCAAGGAGAGGUGGAGACGGGGUGGAGCAGCGCCGCAUGGUGGACAUAACGAGAGACAAGCCCAUCAAAGUGACUGUACGGGUCGUUGUGCCGGUUCGAGACCAUCCAAAGUUUAACUUCGUGGGGAAGCUGUUGGGGCCCAAAGGCAACUCCCUAAAGAGACUGCAGGAGGACACAAUGACGAAAAUGGCGAUUCUGGGCAGAGGCUCCAUGAGGGACAAGCACAAGGAAGAAGAACUGAGGUGUUCUGGGGACCCCAAGUUCUCUCAUCUUAGUGACGAUCUGCACGUCGAGAUCACAGCCUUCGCGCCGCCGGCGGAAGCACAUGCUAGGAUCGCCUAUGCACUAGCGGAAGUGCGCAGGUUCUUAGUUCCGGACUACAACGAUGAAAUUCGCCAGGAACAGAUGUGGGAGAUACAGAUCCUGAACACGCAGCGCACUAACAAGGGAGAGCUCCCUGCUGGAGACAGCACCGCCAGCUCUAGCAGCACAGGAAGCAUGUCUCCCUGCACCCCACCCCUACCAUUGGCAGCUGAAUCACCGCCCCCACCACCCGCAGCGCAUGGACUCGUCCUAGCUCCACAGCACCCUGCACUCAGGGGUCUCGAACCCAGGACAUUCAUGGCGGCGGCAGCAGCAGUAACGUCAGUAGAUAGAGAUCUCUUGUUACGAAUCAGUAACAUUGCAGAUAUCGUUCUGAGCAUGCGCACUGCGCAUUGCCAGGAACCUAAGUUUUACACCUUUUACACGCCAUAA